CACGCUCUCCUUUGAUCAUAGUAGCAAGUUACGACAAUGGCUUUGCUCGCGAGAUGCCUUAUGCUCUGCCUCGCCCUUGUGGUCCUCUCCCUGGGCUGCCUCCCUAGCAAAAGCUCGGCGAUGGGCCUGCCGCGGCCGCCGCCGAACGUGAACUUCACCAUCGGCGUCGAGGGCGCCGUGUGGUGCAAGGGGUGCCGGUACGCCGGCUACGUCAAGUCCAAGAACGCGUCCCCGCUCCAGAAUGCCCCGGCGCUGCUGCGGUGCAAGCGCGGGAAGUGGGCGCUGUCGAUGUGGGGCGCCACGGACGCGCGCGGCUACUUCCAGAUCCAGACGGCGCAGCAGUCAGCGCCCUUCACGAGCAAGGACUGCAAGGUGUACGUGCUGGGGUCGCCGGUGCGCGCGUGCGGCGUGCCCGUCAAGCCCCGCAGGAACAAGGGGUCGCCGCUCAAGUUCCGCAAGUUCGUGACGCUCCCCGACGGGCUGCAGGCGCUCUACACGGCCGGCGACUUCGUCUUCGGGCCGAAGAAGCCCGGCAAGUGCUGAUUGAUCGAUCAAGUUUGGGCUUCACAGGUUCCGGGACACACGCGGUGUCUCGGAGUACUACUGAUGUUUUAUACAGUAUAAUUUUAAAAAAUCACCCUUGUAUUUUCCAAAACAUAAACUAGCAUGACAAAAAAGAACUUAUAAACUUGUAAUUUUUUUAUGUAUUAUAUAUGUCGAUUUGAGGAAACUA